AUGACUGAAUCUGCAAUCAAAAACAUUUGGGGAGCACAAGUGGUGGAUGUUCUUGCAAAUGGAGAUGGCUUUUUCUUCUUCCAUAUCCCGGAUAGCACCUUUCGCCGGAAAAUACUCGACAGCGGUCCUCUAACGAUUCUUAGAGUUCCCAUGAUCCUGCAGCAAUGGCAUCCGGAUCUCAAGAUGCAGAAAGACCAGCAUGAGUCUCUCCCCGUUUGGGUCAAGCUGAGAAACAUCCCCUAUGCCCUUUGGUCCUCGUCUGGCAUCAGUGCCGUGGCUAGUGCCAUUGGCAAGCCCCUAUAUGUUGAUGUCCAAACUGAGAAGAUGAGGAUGAUCUCAUUUGCCCGAGUUUGCAUCCAGAUCAAAGCAACUCAGAAGCUGAUCGACUCAGUCGACGUCAUUCUCAAUGAUGAUACCUGGUCCAUUAAGAUCGAGUAUGAAUGGCGACCUAUAGCUUGCUCAAUAUGUGGAACGUUUGGCCACAAGUGUGCGCUUCCCAGUCAAGAUGUUUCUGGUAUUCAGAAGCCUCCAGCUCAAGAUUUUCAGACAGAGGAUGACCCUACUCCAGGCGAAGGUAAAUGGGAAACUGUUGGCAAAAGACAAGUUGGGGUGCAAUUAAAAGGCUCCGCUAAGGCAUCUUCCUCAAACCAAGGACAGAGUUCCCCUCCCCCCAGGAACAUUGUUGCCCCAUUGGCUUCUCAACCUCCUCCCAAUCCAGCUUUGAACUCCCUCGCUUCUUCGGACGAUCUCGCUGAUUCAGAGGAAUCUGAAGCAGGUACAGCCAGUGAUGUGGGUAGCGAUGCAGACGAUGAUUCCCCAUCGCAUUCCCGUCCCUCAACCAGGAGCCCCUCAAGCCCCUCCCAUGCCUGA